AUGUCCGCCUUUGCAGCCUCUGAAGACCCUGACGCCCACGACUACUCCUACGCCGAGCCCGACCCCGCGACCACUACCCCUCCCAUCCCACCAGAGCAAUCCGAAACAGACGAUCCUUACAGCCGCAGCCGCUCCAAUAAUCCCCUUCUAGGCGAGAAUCCGCUCGUCUCGGAGCUGGAGCAGGAAGUCCUCGACGAAUACUCCCGACUACUGCGGAAUGUCAACCAGCUCUCUGAGAAGAUAUCCGAUCUAGCCGGCUCCCCCGCGUCCAUGACCCUUGAUGGCAUGCGUCUGUUGGAGCGGAAGACGGCGACAGUGUGCACGCUCCUCAAGGCGAGCGUGUACAGCAUAGUUCUGCAGCAGCAGAUCUGGAACGAAAACGAGGAGCAGCAGCAACAACAACAGGGCGAGGAGACGCAGCAGUUUCAGAAUCCGGACUACCACGACGGAGGAGGGUACGACGGAGAGGAAGAUAUGACCUUUCAGUGA